AUGCCGCUGAAUUUCGCGAGAUUCAAACAAUUCCCCGAAGUCAUCAAAUUCUUCACCCUGAUUCUCACAUUUUUCCUGAUGUUCUUGAUGGAAACUAUCCAAUUUCAACCGCCGGGUAACUAUUUUUUUUGAGUUUCUUCCCAAGCAAAAAAAAAUUUUUCUAGGAACUUCAAUGAUUUGGUUCACAAUGACGAUUUCAAUUAUUUUCGAUAUUUUUACAAUUGCUCUGCUGCUCAAAGAAUUCGAUUCUUCAGUGAUGGCUUUGAGAAUGUUGCCGUAUGCUGCAUUGGUGAGUUAUGACGUGGCAAAAAAUCUGGGAGUUUAGUUCUAGAGAAAAUUCUGAGAGAUCUGAUUUUCAAAAAUAAUAGUUCAAAUAUUCCGAAAACAAGAUUUUGAAAAUGAAUCCACCUAAUUAAAAGAUUUCACUGUUUCAAAAUUAGAUGACACAAAUUUUUCUAGAUAUGAAAAAUCUUUGAGAAUAAAUUUUCAAUUUCAAAUUCGUAAAUAAAACCUCACAAUUCCGAGCAAGUUCUGGGAAGAUAAAGGUUCCAAGUUCAGCUCCUCCAUCAAUAAAAUUUCAAAAAAAAAAUUUUAAAUCAUAAAUCUUCUAAAUUAAGAAAUUCACUGUUUCAAAAUGUUUAUAUAAAAAAUCCUCGAGAACAAAUUUUCAAUUACAAAGUAGAAUAAAUAAAAAAUUUAUAACAAGUUCUAGGAACAUUCGAAGUUCUCGAAUUUUUCAGGAAUGCACAUGUUCAAUCCUGAUCGUCGUCUUCUACAUUCUCUCAGCAACCCUCUCAAUUUCCAGCGAAGAGGUCACCGAUGAUUUCGGAUUUUUAAUUGCAGCUGUUGUUUGUCUCUUCAUUGCCCUUUCCUAUCUUUUGAAUUUAGUGCUAAAUAUUCGAAAAUGGGUUUAUGGUGCACAUUUGGCAAAUCCACCAAAUGUCUAUGAUUAUCCAUCUUAUGGUUCUGAUUAG